CACUUUGACAUUUGUAGAGGAGUACAUUUUUUCUUCCCCGCUGAGGAUUUAAAUUGUUACCAGAAACACAUGGGAAGAUACACAGGUCUGAACUCAGACUGCAGGCAACCACACCAACAUUGGCCUUUGUCCCCUCUCUCCUUCCUGCUCUAACAGUCACUGGUUGUGUUUGACUUUCGCAGUGUGAGAGGGUGAGCUUUCAGUUGUGAGCUUCUCGUACGCCUCUGUUUUUUUUGUUUCGCCCACAUUUCACUGACUUAAAGAGAGGGAAAGAUACUCGGAGUGAGAGUAGAAGAAGAGAGGGAUCAUCAACGUAAAACCAUGUGUUGUACGGGGAAGUGUGCCCGCCUGGUGGGCCUGAUCCUGCUGCCUUCAGCGUUCAUCUGCAUAAUCGCCAACUUGCUGCUGUUCUUUCCCGACGGGCAGAGUCUGGAAAAAGAUCAGAUCUCCCUACAGGUCUGGCUCAUGGGGGGGCUCAUCGGAGGAGGCCUCUUUAUGCUGUGCCCGAGCUGUUCAGCUAUCAGGGCCGGGGGCAAGGGUUGCUGCGGAACAGGUUGCUGUGGCAACCGUUGCCGGAUGCUGAACUCUGUGUUCUCCUCUGCUUUUGGUCUGGUUGGAGCGAUCUAUUGCACCAGUGUGGCCUCAGCUGGUCUGGCUAUUGGACCCAAGUGUCUGGUGGCUGGUGACAAAUGGGAAUACCCCUUUGAAAACCUCGGCACGGGUAAUGGCAGCUACCUUGUAAACCAAACUUUGUGGACAACCUGUGAGUACCCUAAUAAUGCGGUAAUGUGGCACGUCGUCCUGUUCUCCAUCCUGCUCUCCAUGGGGGUGGUGCAGCUGGUGCUCUGCGGCAUCCAGGUUGUUAACGGCUGCCUGGGAUGCAUCUGCGGGGACUGUCGAGACAGCAAAGAUGAUGAUGGUGGAUUGUAAAAGUGAAGAAGAUCGCCCGGUUGUGAUGCACCUUCACAAGGAUCAAGGAGACAUUACUGUGUUUAAUUUGUUUCCCAAAGUUUAUAUUCAGGCAUACCUCUCUAUGAAACAUGUUGGGGGUUUCUUUUGACCCUCUUUGAUGCUUUUGUUUCACACCAAGUCUGUGUCUUAGAUGGCCUUUUGAAAUAUAUCAGCCUUACUCCAUUAUUUUAUGAAUUGUUGAUGGUUUGUGUGUAUUGCCUGACUUACUUUUGGUUGAAUUCUUCAUUGAAAUAAUUACUGAAUUAAUGAUUAAUUUCAACUGAAGACUCCUUAUGGGACAUAUAUGGAUUGAAGGGUAAUUGUAUUUAAUUAUUUGUGUUUGUUUAUGUGCCUCUACUUGUAUACUGUUUAUGAGAUGAAUGUGACAACACAAUAAGACCUCAUGAAUUAAGAAAAUUAUAUAAUUAGUGAAAUUCAACAUUAAAAGCUUGUUUUCCUGA